ACCUCCAAAACCCAUCCAUCACUCCAUCAUCUAUCUGCUCACACAUUCACUGCUGCUCAUCGCGUGCAGAGCGGUUAACUGAAAUUUGAUUUGGAUCAUAGUUAGGGAUUGAAUUAGGAUGGCAACGACGGUGACUCGUGCACACCUGGACCAGAGGCUUGCCCUCGCCAAGCGCUGCUCCAGGGAGGCGAACCUUGCAGGGGUUAAGGCGGCUGCUGUCGCGACCAUCGCCUCUGCCGUUCCAACCCUGGCGAGCGUGAGGAUGGUGCCAUGGGCGAAGGCCAACAUCAACCCGACGGGACAGGCGCUGAUCAUCUGCACGGCGGCCGGGAUGGCAUACUUCGUCGCCGCCGACAAGAAGAUCCUCUCGCUGGCCAGGAGGCACUCCUUCGAGAACGCACCUGAACACCUCAAGAACACCUCCUUCCAGGGCACCGGCCGCCCCCACCCUGCCUUCUUCAGGCCCUGAUCAAUAAUUACAAGAACACAACAUAUGCUAUAUUAUAUAUACUUCUAGCUACCUGGCUAGCUAGCUGCAUAUGAUCAGAGUAGUAUCUGUAUCAUGUAGUAGUAGUAGUAGUAGUAAUACAAUACAAGUACUACGCCCCUGCAGAGAUCGAACCGUUUACAACAGCUAGCUGCUCAUCCUGGCCUCUUGCCAUUAGGCAUUAUCUAGCCACACCUGAAUAUGAAUACAUGCAUGUACUCCUAUCUUGUACUAAUAACUUCAUGUAACACUGCUGCAGUAAUAAUGUUCAGAAAUCACAACACAACUAGUAUUGUUAUUGUA